AUGCUUUUGCUCACUGAGGAGAAUUGCAACAUCAUUUGCCUGGCAGUCCUGGAGGAGGAUGUCAUGGAUCGAGAUGAACAAGGGAAGUUCACGCGAGUGAACGAGAGCAUGAUCUGCCGCAUCCUGUCCCAGACUUACAGCCACAAGAGUGGCUUUCUUGACAUGGCUCGACAUGGCAUGCUCACGGUGGUUGUCAAGGACAUAUCAGAGCCUUGCUUGCAAGACAAACAAUGUCCGGAAGUUGCUAGGCUGAAACUCGACGCGUGGCAUCUUGAUAGCUGCGAUGCUCAUUGGCAGCAUCCCUCUCGUGCUGUCCGCACCUGA